AUUAACAAGACGAAGCUGCCCGAACAAAUAAGAAACAGAGUAAAACCCUAAUUGUCGUAUCUUCUUCUUCCCCGACUCGCCGCCUCUGAAAACUCACAGAGCCACCGUCCGAAACGAUUCGACGGUAGAAGAAGCUCCUCCUAUCAAUUUCAGUAUUUGGUUAUGGAGCAUAAACUAGCCACCGCUGAGAAAAGAGUGCUAGUAGAGCUGGUGAAGCUAGUGCAGAAGCGAGAUUUGGUAGGCGAAAACGGAGGAUGGAAGGAAUUUCUAAAUGUUUACGACAAAAAAUUCGGGUCGAGUGUGAGUGAUCCUUCAAGACGUUCCACUGAUGUAUUGGUCGCUUUUCUUUCCACAUUCAAAAAGAAAGAAGAUUUGCAGCUAAUGGCCAGAGUUCUUCAGUGUGAUGCUAAUCGUAAACUGAUAGAGAAAUUCAAGCAAGAAUCUCCGGAUAAAGAGACUCCUGAGCAGAGGCUAGUUCGAAUGACUAUUGCACAUCCCAAAUACCCAAUAGAUUAUGCAUUUCCGUCCCACGCCGAGGAUUGGUUUGUAACGGAACUUGGAAAGAAGAAAUCAAAAGUGAUGAAAUCGACGAGAAUGAUUGCUAUUGAUUGUGAAAUGGUUACAUGUGACGAUGGGAGCGAGGCUGUAGUUAGGGUUGGUGUAGUGGACCGUGAUUUAAAGGUGGUUCUUGACAAUUUUGUGAAACCGAGCCUACCAGUUGUUGACUAUAAGACAGAGAUUACUGGAGUUACUGCUGAGGAUCUUGAGAAAGCUACUCUAUCUGUUGCAGAUAUUCAGAAAAAAAUGCGGAGGUUUCUUUCUAUGGGAACUGUUUUAGUAGGUCACGGUUUGCAUAAUGAUCUUAAAGUGUUGAAGAUAGAUCAUGCGAGGGUAAUAGAUACUUCGCUUGUAUAUAAGUAUUCCGGUGCAAGUAGUUCUCGAGCACCUUCUUUGAAUAAUCUAUGCAAGUCUGUUUUGGGACACGAAGUGCGAAUGGCAGGUGCUGCUCACAAUUGCGUUCAUGACGCAGCAGCUGCUAUGAAACUUGUACUUGCUGUUGUGGAAAAAGGGGUAGACACCUUGAUUCCACUUCCUGAAGAAUUGUUGGAGGCGGACAAGACAAGACGGGAGGCGGGAAAGACAAAACUCUUACUUCAUAAAAUCCCUCACUAUGUUUCCUCUGAAGAGUUACAACGAGUUAUUACCGGGGAUUUCACACUCGAUGUUAAGGCACCAAAAAGAGAAGGAGGUUAUUGUACCGCAGAAGCUGUUUUUAAUAGUUCAGAAGAGGCAAAUCAAGCAUUUGAAAGCGUUGAUGGAGACGUAGUUAAGGAUACAAAUGGUCUGCCACAAAAAUUGGUUGUGUUUAAGCUGAGUUCUGGAUCAGGAGCAUCUUUAUACGUUCGUAAAAUGGUUGAAGAUGGUGACAUCUCUGCAAAAAAGAGAACUAACACAGAGGAGAACAAUGUGAGCUCUAAGAGACAGAAGAGAGAAGAUGAUUCUGAGGAGACCAGAGAAGAAAAUGUAAACCGUCGCAGCAAAGAGAGCCUUUGUGAAGAUCAUUUAAAGGAAAUUGAAGAACUGAAGCAAAAACUCAAAGCUAAGGAGAGCAGCGAAGAUCACUUGAAGGAAAUUGAAUUACUGAAGGGGAAACUCAAAGCUAAGGAAUUUGAGGUUCAGACUCGGGAUAAGAUCAUAGCUAACCUCAAAAAGCGACUGGAGAAGAAAAAGUCAAAGGCCUGAUUUAACAAAAUCAUCCAUGGCUCAAGUUUGGGAAUUCACACAAACCUGUUGUUUCUCCGGUCUGCAAACUCGGUAUCGUUUGAUCAUCAUCCAUGUCUUAGAUUUUGUCUAGUUUUAUUGUUAAAAGAAGACAGACACUAUUGUCUUCUAAGUUUUGUUGUAGGGCUAAGCAUUCAAAUUAAUGAACUCAAGACAUCUC